CUUCUGCCCCGCGAGGUGACAAGGAGGACGGGAGCGUGCUCCAAGCAGCCAUCUAUUCACUUGAAUUGAUUCAUUGUCGGAUCUCUCACAACAGUAAAUCUGGAAGGCUGCAGCUUAAAGCACUAUGUCGCGUAGUGUUGAUCAUUUGGUACUUCAAGCUGGACAACCAUAAAAAAAGGCCAACGGAGCAGGCGGAAUUUCAAUCGAGCAUUCCUCGCCGAUAAAAAACGAACUUUAAAGAGAAUCCAACUGCCGAGACAAUAUUUUAUGCAAUACCAAAAACAAAAUCAUUGUGCCUUGCAAUUUCUUUUUUUCCGCACUACAUUACAUUAGCAGUCCUCAAUGGAAGUCAGGUGCAAUCGAGAACCAAUAAUGGAAGCUGAGUCGAGCAGAGGUUUAAAGAAUGGACUCCGAGAAGGCAGAGAAACCAGCUCGAGUUCAAGGGAUUCUCACGGAAGCCUUCGGAAUUCUUUGAUGGAGGACCAGCAGGAGACUUUCUCAGCUUCUGCAAUCUCCGAUGACUGCAAUAAAACAAAAUCUAGUACUACUGACCCGGACUAUUGUAGACGAAUUCUUGUAAGAGAUGCAAAGGGAUCUAUAAGAGAAAUAAUUCUACCCAAAGGGUUAGAUCUUGAUCGACCCAAGCGCACUCGAACGUCUUUCACAGCUGAGCAGCUAUAUCGUUUAGAAAUGGAGUUUCAACGCUGUCAAUACGUUGUUGGACGGGAGCGAACGGAACUGGCUCGACAGCUCAACUUGUCAGAAACCCAGGUGAAAGUCUGGUUUCAAAACCGACGCACGAAGCAGAAAAAAGACCAGGGAAAAGAUUCCGACGUUCGGUCGACGGCCUCUGAGACCGCAGCAACGUGCAGCGUGUUACGGCUCCUGGAACAAGGCAGGCUUCUGUCGCCGCCCGGGUUGUCCGGUAUCCUGCCCUGUGCCACCAAUAGCCUAGGAUCAACUCUGCGUGCCCCCGUCGUCGGCCUUGGCACUACAUUGGGCACAUCAUCACUCACGGUGGGGACAUCAGGAGCACCGACACUGAGCACCACCCACCCCGGACACAAUGUUUUCAGUAUGCCGGUACCGUCCCUUAUUGGGACGGUAGCUACAAGGCUCGCCUCACCUUUAACUGUUACCGGAUCUUUGACGGGGAACUUGCAGGAACUUUCUGCUAGAUACUUAAGCUCUUCGGCUUUUGAGCCCUAUUCCAGGAAUGGCAAAAGAGAAACAAUGGACAAAAAAAUAAUGGACUGACAUAUCUUCAGGAAGCAGCAUUCUUUUUCUGUUGACCCAUGUGGGCUGAAUUUAAAAAUAUUGGAAAUUAACAAUCGAGUAACACAUGCGCAUACAUAUAUUAUGCAUAUAUAAUCCAUUCCCAAAGAUCUACCUAGUCAGUUUAGAUUAUUUUGUAAAAAGUCUGAACCAACCUCGUUCAAUUUGGGGCGGGGCGGGGGUGGGGGGGGUGGGGGUGGAAGGAAUUGACUGCUCCAACAUCAGUUCUCAAAUGGGCCAUACUGUAACGAGAUGUAGUACAGAGCUCUGCUUACAAUAUGACAGUCCGUGCGAGUUCAUAACGCAGGCAACAUUCGACUUGUCCAGUAGUACAGUGUAAUUUUGGAUAUUUUUGAAUUGCCGCUUGGGUAAAUCAUCUAACAAAAAAAAGACACUUUUUAGAGUCUAGUUCCUGAAGGAACAAAGUAUUCGAUGUUCAUGUUGCUUGUUCUAGCUCAGUUAGAUAUGUCAUGAAUGAAGGUUGUACGCUGUCUGGUCUUUUGUAUAAAAAACGUAUAUUGUUUUAAACACGUGCCACCAAACUCCAGAUAUUCUGAUGUAUAGCUUUUAUUAUAGUAUAAUAAUUUGGAGGUAAAAUCUGAAAUUGUAUUUUAUUGUAAAUUAUUGAUUAACGUCCGUAAUUAAUAGACUAAUGGUUUAAUGGAACGGCGGUGAGUGUAUUUAAAGUUAAAUAGAGACAAAUGAAAACCCUUGCUACUAACUUGAUCUGUAUUUUGUCAUUUGUUAUCUUUUGCAUGUCGUAAGAGUGAAAAUACAUGUGGUCCUGAAAUGUUAAUAGCU